AUGUCCUCAAGGAAGGUAGUGGCCAAGUCCUCCGGCCAGAGGAGGAGGAGGAGCCCUCGAAUCUCAGCCCUCGAUAAUCGUCUAAAUUUAGAUGAUACAGCUGCAGCUUUACCUCCACUCUCUAAAUUACCCAAACAAGUCUGGAAGGGUGCUGAGAGUCCCCAAAACGAUGACUUCGUGGAUUGGAGAUCUCUCAAGCAAAAUCAAGACCAUGACCAUGACCAUGAUCAUGAUGGCAACGGAGUAAUGCCAGCAAAGCACACACUCGAGCUUGUUCUUGAUACACUGCAGAGGAGAGAUACAUAUGAGAUAUUUGCUCAACCAGUUGAUCCUAAUCAGGUUGAGAAUUAUUACGAGAUCAUUAAAGAGCCUAUGGACUUUGGCACAAUGAGGGCUAAACUCCAUGAAGGGAUGUACCAAAAUCUUCAACAAUUCAAACAUGAUGUGUUUCUCAUACCAGAAAAUGCAAUGCAUUUCAACUCCUCCACCACCACCUACUUCAGACAGGCGCGUGCUAUACAUGACUUAGCUAAUAAGGUCUUUCAUCUCCUUAACACAAAUCCCGAAAACUUUGUCGAGGGGACAAGACGAAGAUCUAUGAGGAAAACAUUAUGCGAUUCCAUCCCUAAGCCCCCUGCUUCAGCAUUUCGACCAAAUACCCCUGGUAGACCGUCGAAUUCUCAAGUAGAAGAUAGGAGGAGAGAGACAUACUUGUGCAAGGCGGAGGAUGCAGCGGGCUCAACCACUUCCAAACCACUGAUUCUGGGAGACAUUAGCUACGAGGAUAGCUUAAUGAUGUAUGUAAAGGAUUUGGGACCAAUGGCCCAAAUGGUUGCAAUGCGGAAGCUACUAGGACAGCAUGAAACAAAAACUUGCCCCAAACCAAAACAAUUCAAGACAUUCCGCGACUUUGCUCCUGCAGGCUGCAACCCCUUUACCAAAGCCAGCAACACAGCUCGAGAUGGGGAAGAAGCAAAGUUGGAACAAAAGAGAAAAGACAAGAAAGCCACAGCCGUGGUUAAAGAUUUGAAUUGUUCAUCGAGACCGGUUAUACUAGCUUUAGAGAAUUGCCAUUCUGAAUACAAGUCCAGAAACAAGAAAAUCUGCAAUGUAUCAGCAACUCCCAAACCUGUCUGUGAUGAAGCUGCUCCGCAGAAGCCAGAGAAGAAGCAUUUGCCAUUAUUAUCCCACUUCACUUUCGAUCUUCCCUUCUUUAAAGCGCGGCUUGAGCAGAUAAAUGCAGUGGAGAUGGGGUUGAAGAGGAAGAAACCGGGGCUCUCGAUUUAUCAAUGA